AUGGAAGAAUUAGGUAUUAGCAGCGCUGGUGUAGAAGUUGCCGAAGAAAAACCUCUGAUGAAAUCAUAUGGGUCUCUUUUGGCUCAAUUAGGACAACAACAAAGUGGAAAUGGAUUGAUCAGUGGGAAUAAUAGUGAUGUCUACUUGAAAUUAAAGAAAUUAGAAAAAGAAUACGAAUUGUUGACUUUACAAGAAGAAUAUAUCAAGGAUGAACAACGUCAUUUGAAGCGAGAAUUAUUAAGAGCUCAAGAAGAAGUUAAAAGAAUUCAAUCGGUUCCAUUAGUUAUCGGACAAUUUUUAGAACCAAUUGAUCAAAAUACUGGUAUCGUGUCUUCUACUACAGGUAUGAGUUAUGUAGUGAGAAUUUUGUCUACAUUGGAUCGUGAAUUAUUGAAACCUUCCAUGUCAGUAGCUUUACAUCGUCAUUCAAAUGCAUUAGUUGAUAUAUUACCACCAGAUUCAGAUUCAAGCAUAUCUAUAAUGGGUGCAAACGAAAAACCUGACGUUACAUACGCAGAUGUCGGUGGUUUGGAUAUGCAAAAACAAGAAAUUAGAGAAGCUGUCGAAUUGCCAUUGGUUCAAGCAGAUUUAUACGAACAAAUUGGUAUUGAUCCACCAAGAGGUGUUUUGCUAUAUGGUCCUCCAGGUACAGGUAAGACUAUGUUGGUCAAAGCUGUUGCCAACAGUACAAAUGCUUCAUUUAUUAGAGUCAAUGGUUCGGAAUUUGUACAUAAAUACUUAGGUGAAGGUCCUAGAAUGGUCCGUGACGUUUUCAGAUUGGCAAGAGAAAAUGCACCAUCAAUCAUUUUCAUUGAUGAAGUCGAUUCUAUUGCCACCAAACGUUUUGAUGCCCAAACAGGUUCAGAUCGUGAAGUACAAAGAAUUUUAAUCGAACUAUUGACACAAAUGGAUGGUUUUGAUCAAUCAACAAACGUAAAAGUCAUCAUGGCCACAAAUAGAGCGGACACAUUAGAUCCUGCAUUACUAAGACCUGGUAGAUUAGAUAGAAAAAUCGAAUUCCCAUCAUUACGUGACAGACGUGAACGUCGUUUGAUUUUCGGUACUAUUGCAGCCAAGAUGUCAUUGGCACCAGAAGCAGAUUUGGAUUCAUUAAUUGUACGUAACGAUUCAUUGUCAGGUGCUACAAUUGCGGCAAUCAUGCAAGAAGCGGGUCUACGUGCCGUAAGGAAGAAUAGAUAUGUCAUUUUACAAAGUGAUCUAGAAGAAGCAUACGCAGCCCAAGUUAAAACUGAUACAGAUGUAGAUAAAUUUGAUUUCUACAAAUGA